AUGGAGCCGGCAGCCCGCGGCGCGGGGGCUCCGCCGCCGGGCGGCCAAGGGCAAGGGCAAGGGCCCGGCGGGCGGCGGCGCCGGCCCCUGCCGCUCCUGCCCUUCCUCUCGCUGCGCGACUACGGCUUGUGCAUGGCCGCGCUGCUGCUCUUCUGCCUCGGCUCCCUCUGCUACCAGCUCGGCGGCGGCCCCCCGCGCUUUCUGCUGGACCUCAGGCACUAUCUGGGAAAUUCCACUUAUUUGGAUGACCAUGGACCUCCUCCUCGGAAGGUACUUCCUUUCCCUAGCCAAGUGGUGUACAACAGAGUUGGAAAGUGUGGGAGUCGAACUGUGGUUUUACUUUUGAGGAUCCUCUCAGAGAAACAUGGGUUCAACCUAGUCACAUCUGAUAUACAUAACAAGACUAGACUGACCAAAAGUGAACAGAUGGAACUGAUUAAAAAUAUAAGCAUUGCUGAACAACCCUAUUUAUUCACUAGACACGUUCAUUUCCUCAACUUCUCAAGGUUUGGAGGAGAUCAGCCAGUGUACAUCAACAUUAUUAGAGAUCCGGUCAACCGAUUUUUAUCCAACUAUUUUUUUCGGCGAUUUGGAGACUGGAGAGGGGAACAGAAUCACAUGAUCCGUACUCCAAGCAUGAGACAAGAAGAAAGAUAUCUAGACAUUAAUGUAUGUAUUCUUGAAAAUUAUCCUGAGUGUUCCAAUCCCAGGUUAUUUUACAUCAUACCAUAUUUCUGUGGACAGCAUCCAAGAUGCAGGGAGCCUGGUGAAUGGGCCCUUGAAAGAGCAAAAUUGAACGUGAAUGAAAAUUUCCUGCUUGUGGGGAUUCUGGAAGAGUUGGAGGAUGUGCUGCUUUUACUGGAAAGAUUCUUACCUCACUAUUUCAAGGAUGUGCUCAGCAUUUACAAAAACCCAGAACAUAGGAAACUUGGCAAUCUGACUGUGACAGUGAAAAAGGCCAUCCCUUCUCCAGAAGCCCUCCAGAUUCUCUACCAGCGCAUGAGAUAUGAAUACGAAUUUUACUACUAUGUCAAAGAGCAGUUCCACCUGCUAAAGCGCAAGUUUGGACUUAAAUCUCAUGUCAAUAAGCCACAUCCCAGACCAGAAUUUUUUAUUCCUUCUCCUCUGGAAACUGAAGAACCAAUAGAUGAAGAGGAGGAAGAUGAUGAAAAAUGGCUAGAGGAUAUCUAUAAAAGGUGAUAGAAGCACCAUGCUUUUCUCUGGUGACCCCUUCAGGUUUCUUAAGAUUUUUUUAUUAAAAAUAAUUCCUUAAGAAACUGGGUUAAUGCACAGCAGCAUUUAAAAUAAAACAAGCAAACAUUCCCACAUGUUGGGGUGAUUGGAAAA